AUGAUGGCUCCUGCUGGCGUGGCGCAUCACGGCAUGCUACAACACGCGCCGAUGCCUAUGCAACCGCAACAUCCUCACCAGCAUCAAUUGGCGCCGCAACCUCACCAUCCGCACCUCGCCCAGCAGCAGCAGCAGCAGCAGCAACAGCAUCAACAGCAGCAACUGCAGCAGCACGCUGCGAACGUGCAUUCCAUGACCAUGGCCCCCGGAGCGCAUCACCACGGCGGCGCGCCGGUUCCCAUGGCGCAGCCGCACCACCUGCCGCCACACCAGGCACACCAACAACACCAGCAGGCGGCUGCUGCGGCCGCCGCGCAGCAGGCCCAGAACAAUGCCAUUGAGGCGGCCAAGCGACGCAGCCGUAAGCCUACGGACAAGACGAUGCCGGACGGCGUGGAGGACGUCGUGGUGGGCGACGGCGUGCAGCGGUACCGUGACCUGCGCGACUUUGAGCGGCGGCUGGACGCGACGAUGACGCGCAAGCGGCUGGACAUUGUGGAUAGCGUGCAGCGCAAUGGUCCCAAGAGAUACAAGACACUGCGCAUCUGGGUCAGCAACACGGUCGAAAACCAGCUGUGGCAGACGGAUAGCGCCGGUGUCAACGUCGACAGCUUUGAUUUCUCGACCAAUGCAGAAGCCUCGUACCGCGUGAAAAUUGAGGGGCGCCUCCUCGACGACGACGACGACGACGACGAGGGCGCCGAGGGCGCCGACGAGACCAAGACAGACGAGAGCAAGGCCGCCAAGGAGGCCGGCAACGAGGCCGACGGUGGUGAUGCGAUGGAGACGGACGACGCUGCUUCUGUGAAGGCCAAGCCGCCUCGGUACCGGUUUACACAGUUUUUCCGUGCCAUGUCGGCGGAGUAUGUCGUCAAGAAAUCACGGGCAGCGGCACAAAACGGCGCCAACGAUGCAGAGCCGCGGCCGGUCGAAUGGAAGCGCCCCGAGCAACGGCCACCCAACGCGCCCGGCCAGCCCAACCUCCCGCCGGCGCCGGUGCCCGAGUUUGACGAGCUGACGUUCAAGCGGCCCGGCGACGACAACGUGAACAUUGUGAUCAACCUGUUCCGGUACGAGGAGCCCGAGCGGUUUGCGCUGGACGAGGUCCUGUCCGACAUUGUGGACAUGCAGGAGGCGACGCGCGCCGAGGCCGUGAUGGGCCUGUUCGAGUACAUCCGGCUGCAGAACCUGCAAGAGGACGAGGAGAAGCGCAACUUCCGGUGCGACGAUUUGCUGCGCAGGCUCGUCAACAACGACAUCGGCUAUGUUCCGAUGCUGCACGAGUACGUCAACGCGCACAUCCGCCCGCUGCCGCCCAUCCAGCUGCCGUACACGAUCCGCGUCGACGAGGCGUUCCACCGCAACAACCCGCAGCCGACCAUCUACGACGUGCGCGUCACCGUCGACGACCCGCUGCGCGCGCAGCUGCGGCCGUUUGUGCAGAACCCACAGUACAUUGGCCUGCUGCGCGACGUGGGCGUGCUCGACGAGCAGCUGGCCGUGCUGGUGCAGGCCAUCAGCAUGUCCAAGAGCAAGCACGAGUUCCUGAGCGGACUGGCACGCGACCCGGCACGCUUUGUGCGCCAGUGGCUGAGCUCGCAGAAGCGCGACCUCGACAUGAUCAUGGGCGAGUCGGUGCGCGGCGGGGCUGGCAGCGACCUGGCGGGCGAGGCGUGGCGGCGCGGCGGCAAGGGCAGCGUGUGGGCGUCGCAAAACGCGCGCGAGAGCGUCAACUUGCACCUGGCCAAGCAGCCCCUCAUUCCGCGGACCGCGUAG